GACAGAAGCCGCCCGAUCGGACCAGAGCUUUCAUCGGCGGUUAGAGAAUCAAGGAUCUCGAUCGUUGUGUUCUCUAAGAACUAUGCCUCUUCGACCUGGUGCUUGAAUGAACUGGUGGAGAUCCACAAGUGCUAUACGGAUCUGGAUCAGAUGGUGAUACCGAUCUUUUACCAUGUCGAUCCUUCUGAGGUUAGAAAACAGACCGGAGAUUUCGGGGCGAGGUUUGAGAAAACCUGUAAGGGCAAAACUGAUGAUGAUAAACAACGGUGGUUGGUGCGAAGCAAAAAUGACUGAACAUAUAGCUAAUGAUGUGUUCAAUAAACUUAUGAAACCAUCAGAUGAUUUUAGUGACUUUGUGGGGAUUAAAAUGGUAGGGAUUGUGGGGCCUUCAGGGAUAGGUAAGAGUACCAUAGGAAGAGCUCUUUUUAGUCAACUCUCUAGCCUAUUCCACCACCAUGCUUUUGUCUCUUACAAGAGUAUAAAACAGUGGGAUGACUAUAGCAUGAAGUUGUAUUUGGAUGAACGACUUCUGUCGGAAAUUUCAUGUCAAAAGGGCAUAAAGAUAUCCCACUUAGGUGUAGCAAAACAAAUUCUAAACCGAAAGAAAGUUCUUAUCAUCGUUGAUGAUAUGGAUGAUCUUGAAGUAAUAAAUACAUUGGUGGGGCAAACUAGAUUGGUUGGAUCGGGUAGCAGAAUUAUUGUUAUAACUCAAGAUAGGAAACUUCUUAAGUCUCAAAAGAUUGAGCUUAUUUAUGAGGUGGAUUUCCCAUCGUACAAUCUUGCUAUGCAGAUGUUCUGUCGAUCUGCGUUUGGGGAAAACUAUCCGCCUUACGGUUUUUCUGAACUUGCAGUUGAAGUUGCCAAUCUUUCAGGUUAUCUUCCUUUAGGUCUAAAUGUCUUGGGUUCGUCUUUGAAAGGGAUGACGAAGGAGGAGUGGGUGGAUAUGUUACCUAGACUCCGAAAUAGUUUGGACGGGAAAAUCGAGAAAACACUAAGAGUUAGCUAUGAUGGGUUAGAUAGCAAAGAUCAAGAGUUGUUUCUUUAUAUUGCAUGCUUAUUCAGUGGUCACGAAGUCAAUCACAUAAAAUACUUGCUUGGAGACAGUGUCAGAAUUGGGCUUAGAGUACUGGCUGACAAGUCCCUCAUACAUAUAACACCAUCAGACAAGAUUGAAAUGCAUAGUUUGUUACAGAAGUUAGGUACAGAAAUUGAUCGUGCAGAGUCCAUCAACAACCCUGGAAAACGUCGGUUCUUGAGGGAAGCUGAGGAUAUAUGUGAUGUACUUACCGAUAAUAUUGGUACAGAGAGUGUUCUAGCCAUGUAUUUGAACAUGUCAGAAAUCAGCGAGCCUUUGUUUAUAGAUGAAAAUGCAUUUCGAGGAAUGCGUAAUCUCAAAUUUCUAAAUUUUUACAAAAACGGGUGGUUAAGAGGGACUGGUAAAGGUAAACUGUAUUUACCUCGAGGCAUUGUUCAUUUUCCUCGUAAACUCAGAUUGCUACAUUGGGAUGAAUAUCCAUCCAAGUGUAUGCCUUUUUGUUUUAAGGCGGAGGGCCUCGUUGAACUCAGAAUGAUGAAUAGUCAGCUUGAGAAGCUGUGGGAAGGAACUCAGCUUCUUGGAAGCCUCAAGAAGAUGAAUAUGAGUUGUUCUGCAGAUUUGAAAGAGAUUCCAGAUCUUUCAAAAGCCAUAAAUCUCGAGGAAUUAAAUCUUGAGGAAUGCACAUCUUUGGUGACACUUCCUUCCUCAAUUCGGAAUCUCAAUAAACUGUGGGUGUUAAACAUGUGGGGAUGCUCAGGGCUUAAGAUUCUGCCAGCUGAUGUCAACUUGAAAUAUCUUACAAUCCUCAAUCUCGGAAGAUGCUCACAGUUGAGUACGUUUCCUCGGAUAACAAGGAAAAUUUCAGAGCUUUACCUAAAUGAAACUGCACUAAAAGGAGAUGAAGAUAGUUCAUGGAUUGAGAACAUCUGUCAACUUAGGAUACUCAACUGGGAUGGUGCUCCAUUGAGUUGUAUGCCUCCUCACUUCGACCCAGAAUAUCUCCAUAGCUUUGAAAUGAGAGGCGGCAGACUUCAGAAGUUAUGGGAAAGAAUCAAGUCGCUUCAAAGUCUCUGGAUGAUGGAUUUGUCAGGAUGUGAAAGCCUGGUUGAAAUUCCAGAUCUUUCAAUGGCCACCCAACUUGAGUUUUUGAAACUCAAAAAUUGCAAAAGUUUGGUGAUGCUUCCUUCUUCAUUUAGGAAUCUCAACAGACUGGUGAGCUUGAACAUGGACGGAUGUACAAUGCUUGAGGUCCUACCAACCGACGUCAACUUGAGAAAUCUUCAAGAGCUCGAUCUCAGUGGAUGCUCAAAGUUGAGAAAUUUUCCGCAGAUUUCAACCAACAUUGAAUAUCUCUAUCUAGAUGACACCGGGAUUGAAGAAAUUCCUUCCUGGAUUGAGAAGAUGUCACAUCUCAGAAAACUAAGGAUGUCUCGAUGCAAGAAGUUAAAAAACGUCUCCCUAAAUAUUUUUAAACUGAAAUAUCUCGAGGCAGAUUUUUCAGACUGUGGAGGAAUCACAACAAUGUGUGAUCAGUUACCAGGGCCCCACAAGGCUUCCGUUGCUGCUAGAAUCGGCAUUAAAUCUUAUCUUCUAGGUCUGACUCCUCUCGGGUUCUAUAAUUGCUUCAAUCUGGAUAGAGAUGCACAGGAACUCAUAAUACAGUCACACUCAAACGGUGCCGUUAUACCAGGCGGAGAAGUGCCUAUGUAUUUCACACAUCGAGCUUGUGGUCGGUCCCUAAGUAUCCUUUUGUCUGAGAGCUCUCUUUCUCAAGAAUAUAUGAUAGUUAAAACUUGCAUCGUGGUUGGACCUUCAAGUCACCCCAACGGAGACUUUGGAGUUCGUUGGUGCUUUCGAGGCGAAAAAGGUGUGAUUCGUUUUGGAAUUAAAGUGGCGUCGUACGAGAUGGAUCAUCUGGUUUUGAUUGGCUUUGAUUUACGAAUAAAAGAAGUGGAUAACCCGGCAUCUGAAUUGAACAACAACAACGUUCUACUGCUUGAGUUUUACAACGCCAAUUAUGAUGAAUAUUUUGGGGAGUGUUCCUGCAGCAGCUUUAGCCACACAGAAAAUUGUACCCUGGUAAGGAUAAAAGGAUGCGGUGCACGAAUCAUUCAUAUCUCAGAAAUAGACUACCAAGACAGUGACGAAAAAAGUGCUGAAGAGAAUGAUGAAGAAAGUGAUGAAGAGAGUAAUAGAAGCAAGAAGAAGAUGCGGAUGACAGUUCCAACAUCUCAAGAACAUUCCAACUCUCUUUAUAUCCAAACUGUUGUGAAUUCCAGACUACUGGCUCAGAAUUUGGAGCUUUCCUUGGGGCUGGCUGGAGCAUAUGGUGAGGUAUCUUCUGGAAGCAAAGUGUCCUCGCCUUCAAGGAACUUCCAUGAUGAUGGAGCAGCUUCUUUUGACCCGUGUCUUCGCAGAGAAUCUUUGCAUUUUGAACCGAUGAUAAUCGAGCAACAAGACAGAGGUCUAUCCAACGAGGAUCCUUCAUUUUCUCCACAGCUUAUAGACUUUUUUACUUAGAUGAAAUAUUUCUUCCCAUCGCAGAAAAUAAGUUUUGAUGAAUUCUGGAGUUUGCUUCAGUCACUCAAAUGUUGUUGGAUCCAUUAAUAGCAAUUAGGCUUUAAUGAAAAUUGUGAAAACAAA